CAGAGCUAGUAUCCGGUCUCACCGAUAAGGUUUUGAUUGAUGCCAGAACCAGCAGGUCUGAAACAGGCGACAUCUAUAGGGUUGGUCUAAACAUCAGGCGACAUCUAUAGGGUUGGUUGAAACAUCGAAAUGAAAGGAUUUGUUGUGGUCAUUCUUCUGGUGAUACAGGCGGCGACACUCUCCGCUGCCCUGUUUGAUGCCUGCGACAGUCUCAGAUGUCUGAACAUGGGAUUCUGUACCGCAGGCGUGGGCGGCACCGUCAUCUGUGUCUGCCCGGUGGGGUUCACUGGUGUCCGAUGUGAGAUCAAGGUCGUUAAGAGACAAGAUGUUGAUCCGUGUCACCACUUUACCUGUUUGAAUGGCGGGUCCUGCUUCUCACCACUAGACUUCCCGUACUGCCACUGUCCUGUUGGAGUCUAUGGCGAGCAUUGUGAGCUGUCAAUAACGGCACACUAGCAGGACAAGUAGUUGUCCUUGAAGAUAUCGCGAAAGUAUAAAGGACGGAUUGAGUGCUUAAAUGAAGGAAAUACUUUUGUGAAAAAUUUGAAGAAAUUUAAUAAAAUAUAAAUGAUCUCAAA